GCGCAGGCUUACCCACCGACCGACCAGCCAUUGUGGCAUGAUUGUGGAGCAGUGCCUGACGACUCGGCAGGUUCCCGACAACAAUGACCUCGGCCUAACUCUGUGAGCCCACCACCGAAGCAGAAGUAUAGGCUCUUGACAUUCUUCAGGAUCUAGAUCAAUUGCCAUUGUUCCUGUUUGUGGACGAAAUAGGGGCAUCAUUUGUGACGGAUUCACUGAAACUGAUCGACAAUCUUGCAAGGAGCCGUAACUCUAACAAUUCAGUUCCCUCAACUCUAACUCUAGCAGCAAAGGAUCGUGUAGUGGUUGGAGACCUUCCUGCUAUAAUAAUAGAUUUCUAGGCCUAGUUCAUCAAGUCAUCGAGGGAAGUGAGCAAGAUAUCUGUCAUUGUUACCUUGCUUGAUAUUAUGAAGGAUUGAAAACGUAAAAUUUGUGUGAUAUUUUGUCCAGUAUGAAACCCAACACAAAACUGAUUCUUCCACUUCUUGCAAGGUUGAAUUGGGUUGGUUUUUUUUGUUUACAACUUGUCUUGCUGUUUUCAAAACUUUUACACUUGACUUUCACAUGAUGUACAGCGGCAGCCCAGUUAAGCGCAGUUUUGAUCUCUUGUUCAGUGUAAUGUCUAAAAACCGUCUGUUUUCUAGAUCUAGUCUGAAAAUCUUUUUGUGAGGCUACACAGUUUAGACUCUUCUAGGCCUCUACUCUACUCUCUAUGUAAAUUGGACUUUCUCAUUGUCUCCUGUAAAAAAAAUCGAGAUACUUUCUUUUUACUUUAACUUGAAGUUGGAAAAAUUUAUUCCUUAAAGCUGAAAGUGAAAAAUGAAUGAGCCAGGAAAUGUUCAGGCUCAGUGUUAUGACAUGAUACUCUCAGUUCUUGACAGUAUCAAAUACUUUGAAUGUGGCAUGUGGCUGUGAUAAAACAGGCUGGUGAAGGACGACAGGGGGGAGGGGGGGAGGGAGAUGGAUACUGUGAAUCCUGAGCAAGACUUUGAUGUGGACCGGAGAGAUACUGGCUUCACAAAGCUGGACAUUUCUCUUACAGGGUCGUCUAAGUCGGAGAAGAUUCUCUCCGUGGAGGCGGAGGAAGAUUGUGUAGAUUUACUUCCAGGCACAGGAGGCACGGCUGCCUGCUCCCAGGAAACUCCCAGUCCCUCCUCUCGCGGCCAGAACUGUUCCCAAAAUUCUAAUUAUUGUCCAAAUUCAGAGGAAGUUUCCCCAUCCCGUGUGGAAGAACAUGUUGUUGUGUCUGUUCCUGGAGAUAGCUGUCGGAUCAGCAGUGAUUCUGGUGACGGUGUCUCAUUGCUUCCAUGUGCACAGACAAAUGCACCGAGUGUUGCCAAAAAUAGAAAGAUGAAAAACAGCAAAGAUGAAGUUACAGGCAGCGGAUAUGAUGCUGAUGUGACGAGCUGUGCGUCUGCUAGUGUGAUGGUCCGCACGUCCCGAGGGAAGAAACAGCGUCGGUCCGGUGGUACCGCUGUGGGGACAGGGGCGGACGGUGGCGGAGUCAAGGGGAGGAAACAACGGUUAUCUGAUGGGGCAGGCACUCGACAAAAGAACGGCCGCUUGUCGGACAGUGAGGUUUGCACAAGACAUGAACAGCCGCCACGUGAGAGGAAGAAAAAAUCUGGGUGUGCUGGGACUGUGGGGGUCUGUGGGUGGCCCAGCGUGGGCCAGGUAGCAGACGAGUCGGAGAGUUUCAAUCGGCCUGUCAGGAAACUGGGUCAAGGCAGCGGAACGCGCAGGAAGUGUCGAGACAAAGGAAAAGAUCAAACAUUGCGGAAAGAGAAGAGGAAAAAGUCAAGGACAUUGAAAAGUGCCGAGGAGUUUGUGGACGAAGACGGGGAGUGUUUCCGAUUGAGUCCCCACGGGAAGUGUUCGUCGUCGCCAGCAGCGGGUGGCCAGGCCACGGAGAAGCCCCACCAGUGUGAGUUCUGUGGCGCACGUUUCUCGCAGCGAGGAAACCUCAAGUCUCACACCCGCGUGCACACCGGAGAGCGACCCUUCAUCUGUAAGUUUUGUGGGAAAACCUUCGCUGAUCAGACCAACAAGAAAAACCACGAGCGCUCACAUGUAGGCGACAAGCGCUACAUCUGUGACUUCUGCGGCCGCCGGUUCAUCACCAACGGCGUGUUGAAGAAGCACCUCCGCAAACACACGGGGGAAAAGCCCUACCGCUGCGACGUGUGUGGGAAGACGUUUGCCCAGAGUGACUACCUCAGCGUGCACCGCAGCAUACACAAGGGGGACAAACCUUUCGAAUGUGACCUCUGUGGGGUCAAGUUCACACGCAACUGUAGUUUAUUGCGCCACAAGAAGAUCCACAAGGGAGAGAAGCCUUUUCAAUGUGACAUUUGUCAGGCUAAGUUUUCUCGUCGAAGCAAUAUGAACACGCACAGGAAGUCCCACCUGAGAGGAAAGCCAGCGGAGAAGGAGGUGGUUGAGGGAGCGAGCUCAGCGUGGGAGUCACAGGGCACAGGUUCGGUGACUGGCUCAGCGUGGCUAAAAGAUCCUAUGUAUUAUCUGUGGCAGCGAGUGUCUGGCCAGGGGCCACAAGCCCAGCUCUCACAAGUGGAGAGAGCUCCAGAGGUCGUGACCUCCACCCCCAGCGCCGGCCCUCACCUGCUGGGAAAUAACACGCGCAGCGCUGUUUCACACACGGCUGUCAGCAACACACUGACUGCCCUGUCGCAGACACCACUACACAACACACAUCCCCCUGUGUCGCAGACACCCGUACACAACACACAUCCCUCUGUGUCGCACACACCAGUACACAACACACAUCCCUCUGUGUCACACCCACCUGUGUCGCACACACCAGUACACAACACACAUCCCUCUGUGUCACACACACCUGUCAACAACACACAUCCUCCUGUGUCACACACACCUGUCAACAACACACAUCCCCCUGUGUCACACACACCUGUCAACAACACACAUCCCCCUGUGUCGCACACACCUGUCAAUAACACACAACACACCAGCCAUCUCCCGCCCGUCAGUAGCCCCCCGCCCACCCUCUCUCCCCCUGCACUGAACAGCCCCCACAGAGCCACCUGCGACGUGUCGCACGCUCCCAACAUUACCCACAAUUCCCCCCUGCUGAGCAGCGCCUGUGGGGCUCUGGACUACACACGACCGCCGCCAGACCCCCGCGGGGCCAGUGGGCUUGUGGGAAAUAUGGCGGGCUUACUGCCCCCCACCGAUGCCACAAGCCACAUUCCCUGGCCGUGCCACGCGCCGACUCGCGCACCCAGCUCAGAGACGCGCCAAGUACACAGCAUAGAGACGCGCCAAGUACACAGCACAGAGACGCGCCAAGUACACAGCACAGAAGAUUCAGCAUUUUUGACAGCACACAGUUCUGGCACGGAGGUGACUACUCAGUCUCCUGCGCCCCAUGUGUGUAGCACAGAGUUUUACCGAGUUACUGUCAGAGAUGAUUCUGACUUGCCUUCACAGCCGUCCAAGACACAUGUGUCAUAUGACCUCACUGCGAACGUGUCGAGCUCAGAGGUGUGUCAUGUAAACAAUGUGGAGGAUUCUGCUUUUCUGACACGCGUACCUAGUUCACACGUGUCACUUACCCUUCCCAGCACACACAUGUCGCUGACUGGUCACACACAAGUACCUGGCACAGAGGCGUGUCCCGUCGACACGAGAGCAGAGUCGUCCCUCCCUGCACACCCACCAGGCACACACGUCAGUCAUCGUGCACACGUGUCAAACAGGCAGGUGUGUCAUCGUGAUGCUAUCGGCAAUUUGCCAGACUGUCCGACACGUGGCCCUAACACACUUCAUGAGACACACACCCUUCCUACCCACGUGUCAAGCUCGGAGCCGACCCAAGGUGUCUCUGGUUUCCCUCUUCCUGCAGACUUCCUACGUGGCGACACGCUGUCCUCACAGAGCAGGGACCUAGGCGUGCCGUCAAAGACGUGUGCGUGGAAGGGCGUGCCGUCAGAGACGUGUGCGUGGGAGAGACAGACAGCUGAUGGGACAAGUGACCCGCCCACUGAGCUGUGUCCCGGUCCCACAGAGAUGAGCUCUCGCGUCGGGGAGGAACAGUACGCUAGUUCUGACGUUCGCUUGUUUCAUCAUAAAGAAUAUUGUGGCCGUUCUAACGUAGCUUUACGUGAUCCGAAGGAACAGCGGGUUGGCUCCGGGGUACGUUCACUGCGUCACCAGGGACAUCACGCGAAUCUGCUACACAAGUUUGCUAGUCCUGAUGGUGGAGGUGGAGGUGAUGAUGAAGGUGGUGGUGAUGAUGAAGGUGGUGGUUGUGCCAGUGGUGGUGGCCUUGGUGCCAAAUCGCCCGACAGAACUCGAAUGUCUGCCCAGGGAGACGACACUACCACUACCGAUGUGCCCCAAGGUCGAACCCCUGCUGUGGGUCAGAGUGGUUUCCCUUGCCCAGCGGAGGAAAACCCCCCGAAGCCAGCAAAGGUGAAGUGGGAGCGAGCGUACCAGUGCGAGUUCUGUGGCCGUCGCUUCAGCCAAAAGUGUAACCUGAGUACGCACCGACGCAUCCACACGGGGGAGAAGCCCUACCGCUGCCUCGACUGCAACCUGCGAUUCUCCGACUACAGCAACCUGGCCCACCACGUCCUCAUCCACUCGGGCGAGCGCCAGUUUGUCUGCCACGCGUGCGGGGUCAAGUUCGUGGAGAAAAGUGCGCUGAAAAAACACGUCCGAAUUCACACGGGGGAAAAGCCGUAUCACUGCGCUAUGUGUGGCAAGGACUUUGCUCGCAGCACGUCUCUGUCCCAACACAUGCUCAUACACGGCACGGAGAAACUCUACACGUGUGAUGUGUGCGGGGCCAAAUUUGCACAGAGCAGCAGCGCACGUCGACACAAGAAGACGCACACUGGCGAGCGGCCGUUCCAAUGCGACGUCUGUCUGGCCAGGUUUUCCCGCAGGAAUAAUCUGAACAUCCACAAGCGUCGGGUUCACCCGUGCCACGUGGUGUCUCUGGUCUGUGACCUCUGUGGCCAGGUCAUGAAGAGUGACCUUCACCUCCGCGAGCACCGAGCGGCGUGCCAGCAGAAGGACACGUACUCCAAGCUCAUGUGGGCCAAACAGACCAGCAUGCAGAUCACGCCCUCGGGGGGGGGGACUUUCGCUGCUCGGCUGUGAUAGACGGAUAGACAUGUGAUGAUAGACGGAUUUACACGUGAUAGACGGAUAUGUGAUAGACGGGUGGAUACACAUGUGGCAUAUGGCAGACUUGAAAUAGACAUGUCGUGAUGGACGAAUAGACAUGUAGUGAUGGACGAAUAGACAUGUAGUGAUGGACAAAUAGACAUGUAGUGAUGGACAAAUAGACAUGUAGUGAUGGACGAAUAGACAUGUAGUGAUGGACAAAUAGACAUGUAGUGAUGGACAAAUAGACAUGUAGUGAAGGACAAAUAGACAUGUAGUGAUGGACAAAUAGACAUGUAGUGAUGGACAAAUAGACAUAUCACUACCUCAGAAUUACGACGUUCUGACAUGUUUCGGCUGUUUUGUGUGACCAAGACCAUGAGGUCAGAAGCUAAAUGUUCUAUUUUUGCUCUAUUUUUACGAUAUUUUGAGUCGUUAUCGAGAUAUUUUAAGAAUUGCAUUUGAAAAAGCUUGACAUAAUAGUGAAACUCAAAAACUUUUAUCAUCAAAUUUCUCAAAACUAGUUCGAGGUAUUGAGAAGAUAGCACUUUGUAAUGGACAGAUAGACCUGGGAUGGACAGAUAAAUAUGUGAUGGACAGAUAAAUAUGUGAUGGACAGAUAGACAUGUGAUGGACAGACAGACAGACGGACGUAUGGUUAUUCAACAACAUAAUGAAGAAGCCUGUUUUCGGGAAACUUUCAACAAAGCGGUUUCUGUAUCCCAAACUUGAGAAGGCAGGCAAGGUGAAGGACAUGUACACAGAACAACAUUGUGAUAUGUGUUCUUGUGGGUGUGUGCGUGUGUGUGUGGGUGUAUGUUGUGUGUGUGUGUGUGUGUGUGUGUGUGUGUGUGUGUGUGUGUGUGUGUGUGCUAUAUCUUACACUUACAGAGUUUCCCCCAAUCUGUGCCCGCCUCAGACAAUCACUGUUCUCUUCACCAGUGCGCGGCUGUCUUACACGACUAUCGUGUGUCUCAGUCUGUGUCUCACACAACUUGGACGACUGUAUCGUGUGUCUCAGUCUGUGUGACGUGUCUUACACGACUGUAUCGUGUGUCUCAGUCUGUGUCUUACACAACUUGGACGACGGUAUUGUAUGUCUCAGUCUGUGUCUUACACAACUUGGACGACGGUAUGAUCGUGUCAUUUGUGUGUCUCAGUCCGUGUGUUCACACCCUACUGUUCUUGUCUUACUACAGAACUACAACCAUUAUUAAACUGUAUCCAAAAGUUUGAUUCAAAA